AUGACAAGAAAUCCCAAGAACAAAAAGAGAAACACUAAAGCUGUUUCGAGUAUGUUCGAUAGCAUUCCCCAUGAAUUGGUUUCCGAAGUUUUAAGCCGAGUUGCAUCGUCUUCCAUCAAGGACAUCUUCAACGCCAAAUUAAGCUGCAAAAUGUUGAAUGAAAUCGCGGAAGAUACGUACGUGUAUCAACGUGUAUCGCUAGAAGAGGUUCCGAUCAUACCAUGGAAACCGAUAAGCCAAGAACAAGUAACAUUCUUGAAUACGUGCCUACAGUCCGAAAACCCCGAGUGCUUGUAUAGACAAGCAGUUCUCGACUACUUCAGCAGAACGAAUCUUGAAUCAACGUGCAUGCACUUACGGAAAGCGGUGAAAAACGGCCACACGGACGCUCUGUACGUAACAUGCAUUGUUUUGCUCUUCAGUGGGGACGAAGAACUCAAGCAACAGGGCAUCAAGUUAUUGGGGAACAUGAAAAAGACGAACGGAUUGAAGAGAAGGCUUCGAAUUUGCCGCAAUAAUUUGAAUAGCAUUCUGAAGAUGAUUUGGGUGAAGAACCCGGUUUUGCUGGAGCCGCCGGUUUGGUGUACGGCCCAAGAUCCGCACCACAGGAAAAGGCGAUGGUCUGAAGUAGAGGAAGAUGUCACGUGCGAGGCUUGUGUUGCUGAUCAAGAGAUUAAUUUACUUAGUGGUAGAUACAAUUUUGAUUAA